UUCGGCGCGUCGCGCAUGCGCGGAGCGUCCUUUUGUCCCCCUGAGCGAGCUGAGGCGAUGUUGUCGGCGAGCAAGAAAGUGUCGGCGGCGGUGGUGGCGGAGGCGGCCCCGGCGGGAGGCGGCGGCGGCAGUGAUGGCUCCCCCGAGGCGCCCCUCACGGCGCCCCCCACGGCCCCUGCCCCACCUCCGGUUCCUCCGGGCUCCCUGGGCGGCGCGGAGGCCUCGGAGCGCGCUCCCCGCAAGAAGGAGCCUCCUCGCGCCUCGCCGCCUGGGGCCCUCUCUGAAGCGGCGCCCGCUGGGCCUGCGACCGGGACGGGGCCUACUUUGGGCCCCGAGAGCGCUGGCAUCGCCGAGACCCCCGAAGGCCGUCGGACCAGCCGCAGGAAGCGGGCCAAGGUUGAAUAUAGAGAAAUGGAUGAGAGCCUCGCUAACCUUUCUGAAGAUGAAUACUAUUCUGAAGAAGAAAGAAAUGCUAAAGCAGAGAAAGAAAAAAAACUACCUCCCCCGCCGCCGCCUCCUCCUCCCGAGGAAGAGAAUGAAAGUGAGCCAGAAGAACCAUCUGGACAAGCAGGAGGACUUCAAGAUGACAGUUCUGGAGGAUAUGGAGAUUGCCAAGCAUCAGGUGUGGAGGGAGCGGCUUUCCAGAGCAGACUUCCGCAUGAUCGGAUGACCUCACAGGAAGCAGCUUGUUUUCCAGACAUCAUCAGUGGCCCACAACAAACUCAGAAGGUGUUUCUUUACAUCAGAAACAGAACGUUGCAGCUUUGGUUAGACAACCCAAAGAUUCAGUUAACAUUUGAAGCAACACUACAGCAGUUGGAAUCUCCAUAUAAUAGUGAUACUGUAUUAGUUCACCGUGUGCAUAGCUAUCUGGAACGGCAUGGCUUGAUAAAUUUUGGCAUCUACAAAAGAGUGAAGCCUCUCCCAACUAAGAAGACCGGCAAGGUGAUCAUUAUUGGUUCUGGAGUCUCUGGUUUGGCUGCAGCUCGCCAACUACAGAGCUUUGGGAUGGAUGUCACACUUCUAGAAGCAAGGGAUCGUGUUGGGGGCAGAGUUGCUACUUUUCGCAAAGGAAAUUAUGUUGCCGAUCUAGGAGCCAUGGUAGUGACAGGACUUGGAGGAAACCCAAUGGCUGUGGUGAGCAAGCAAGUAAACAUGGAAUUAGCAAAAAUAAAACAAAAAUGUCCUCUUUAUGAAGCCAAUGGACAAGCGGUUCCAAAGGAAAAAGAUGAAAUGGUAGAGCAAGAGUUUAAUCGUUUGCUGGAAGCCACUUCCUAUUUGAGCCACCAACUGGAUUUCAACAUUCUCAAUAACAAACCAGUCUCUCUGGGCCAAGCUCUGGAAGUUGUCAUACAAUUACAGGAGAAGCAUGUGAAAGAUGAACAGAUUGAACACUGGAAGAAGAUAGUAAAAACUCAAGAAGAACUUAAAGAUCUUCUUAAUAAGAUGGUGAAUUUAAAAGAGAAAAUAAAGGAGCUCCACCAGCAAUACAAGGAGGCAUCUGAAGUGAAACCACCACGAGACAUCACAGCGGAGUUCCUUGUGAAGAGUAAACAUAGAGAUCUUACUGCUCUCUGCAAGGAAUACGAUGAGUUGGCAGAAACACAAGCAAAACUGGAAGAGAAGCUCCAGGAACUAGAAGCUAAUCCUCCAAGUGAUGUUUAUUUAUCAUCAAGGGACAGACAGAUUCUUGACUGGCAUUUUGCAAACCUUGAGUUUGCAAAUGCCACGCCUCUCUCUACUCUGUCACUGAAGCAUUGGGACCAGGAUGAUGAUUUUGAAUUCACAGGCAGCCAUCUGACUGUGAGAAAUGGCUAUUCGUGUGUGCCUGUAGCUUUAGCUGAAGGAUUGGACAUUAAACUAAACACAGCUGUUCGACAAGUUCGCUACACGGCAUCAGGAUGUGAGGUGAUAGCUGUCAACACUCGUUCCACCAGCCAGACAUUUAUUUAUAAGUGUGACGCUGUUCUGUGUACUCUUCCAUUGGGAGUACUGAAACAGCAGCCUCCUGCAGUACAGUUUGUUCCUCCUCUUCCGGAGUGGAAGACUUCUGCUGUGCAGAGAAUGGGAUUUGGAAACCUUAACAAGGUUGUGUUGUGUUUUGACCGUGUGUUCUGGGACCCAAGUGUUAAUUUGUUUGGACACGUUGGCAGCACAACAGCCAGCAGAGGAGAGCUUUUCCUGUUUUGGAAUCUUUACAAAGCACCAAUUCUUCUGGCCUUAGUGGCCGGUGAAGCAGCUGGAAUUAUGGAGAAUAUCAGUGAUGAUGUCAUUGUUGGACGCUGUCUUGCUAUUCUCAAGGGCAUUUUUGGCAGCAGUGCUGUCCCUCAGCCCAAGGAAACAGUGGUAUCUCGUUGGCGGGCUGAUCCUUGGGCUCGAGGAUCGUAUUCCUAUGUAGCAGCUGGAUCUUCAGGAAAUGACUAUGACUUGAUGGCUCAGCCAAUCACUCCAGGACCAGCCAUUCCAGGAGCCCCCCAGCCUAUUCCUCGGCUGUUCUUUGCUGGAGAACACACAAUCCGCAACUACCCCGCGACUGUUCAUGGAGCUCUCCUGAGUGGAUUGAGAGAAGCUGGACGCAUUGCAGACCAGUUUCUUGGAGCGAUGUAUACUCUGCCUCGGCAAGCCACUCCAGUGGCAGCUGCGCAGCAGGCGCCGGCCAUGUGAAGGUACAAAAUGCUGGAAGUGGUGGAAUGAUUGGAAGAACAAUGGAGCUGUGAUUAAAAGCAAGUGGCCUGUUGGUCUUGUAGAAGGCAAAGGUAGGAGUCAGAAAGUUAGCCUUCCAAAGGCCUCCAUCCUCUGAGAAGGCACUUGCUCACUGCCAGCCUAGCCCUGGUCUGCUGGAGAGGUACUUAUGGUUCAUGGAAUAGACUCCUAGUUGUUCUUAAUGGGAAUUUAUUCUGGUACAGAUGUGGUUUGGGUCAGUUUCUUUCCAGACUUUAGAACUCCUGUAACUUAGCUACUUUGGUAACUAAAGUGAGAUUGUUUCAUGUAGAUUUUGCUUUGGAAAGCAGAAAUAAAUGUUCUUUUUUUUUAAAAAAAAUUAAAAACAUAUACAACUAAA